UCCAUCUGCCCUGCGCCAUGGAUGGGGAAUGCGUCACCCAUUUCUUUGGGCCACGCAGGUAAGGGCUGCCGGCAGCAGCCAAGUCAGUGAGGAACCCACAGCGAUAGCUCCCAGCAGCCUGCCCGAGCCAGAGCCAGAGCCAGGGCCCGGGGCUGCUUCCUGGUCCUCUGCCCUCCUCGCAGCGCUUCUCACCGUGCCCAUCCCUUCCAUCUUCCCCCAGCUCCUACUGCUGGGAGCACCGCCCUUCACAGGAAAGUCGGGAAGCUCCAGCUGAAGGCACCAACUGCCUCAUCUGCCUUGAGCCCGUGGGGGACAGCUUGUCCUACCACACCAUGGUGUGCCCAGCGUGUGCGCACUGCUGGUUCCACCGGGGCUGCAUCCAGCAACAGGCCUUGAAUGCUGGCGCUUGGUGCUUCCGGUGCCCCAGUUGUCAGGACAUCCUCCUGUUCUUAGCAGAGAUGUUCCUCAUGGGGAUCCAUAUCCCACUCAGAAGACCACUAUGGGAGGAAAGUGAUGCGUAUGAAUCACUUCUAGAGAGGCACAGCCGCUGCAAUGCCUGCGAGUGCCUUUACCGUGGCGGCAGAGAGCAGGCAGAGAGAGAGGGGCCCUGGCAGCUGAUCCUCUGCAGCUCCUGUGCUGCUCAAGGCACUCACCGGCGCUGCUCCACCUUUGGCAGACACCGCAGACAGCUGGGGAGUGUGACAGCUGUGCUGGCCUGGGCACCGUGGGUCGUUAGGCUGCAAAUUCCCACAGCCGGCCCUGAGGAGACCAUGAGAGCGGGAGCCGUUGCGAACACCGACGACACUCCCAAGUCCACCUUCAAAAUGAACAUCACCACAGCCAGCAUCAAAGAUCUAUUUCAGGCUGGCAGUGAUGAAGUUGCUGAGGGAAGCCUAAGUGCCAUCAACAGCAUGCCAGGGGACUGGGGCACUUAG